AUGAGAUACAGUAACACUGGGAGCACAGGGGCCAGUCUCACUCAGGACUUGGAACUCUCACUAUGGGGAACCUUAGCUGCAUCCCCCAGCCCCACCGUCAGCUGCGUUACUCGUUCAGCAGGAAGAACUCCCUGCCAGGCAAAGAGCAAGACGGCAGAACUAAGUGGACAUAUUUGUUUGGGAAUGAAAGUGGCGUUGGAAGAGUGACAAAUUCGGACAACAUUCUGCACUACAUCCCAGGAAAGGACAUCGGAAAUCGUGAUGUACCAAAGGACAACGUGGACCAAAGAUUUCUCAGCAUUUUCCGUAAGGGAAAGAAAAAAACGAUUGUCCGGAAUAUGGGGCAAAUGAUUCACUACUCCAAAGUUAGAUUCCGCUUCCAGCACAGCCAGGAUGUCAAUGACUGUUAUCUGGAGUUGUUCCAGUCAUACCUGUAUUUCCAGUCUCGCGGGCCCACUGGCUUGACCUAUCAGGGUUUGGUGCCUUUAAAAGAGCUCAGCGUGUACAAGUUAGAGAGGUCUAAAGUUCCACCCAAGCCAGAGGAAGAGCAUGCUUUCAGGAUCACAGGCCCUUUGCUCAACCCUCUGAUUGUUUACUGUGCAAACCAACAAGAGCUGCAGAAAUGGCUUUACCACCUGGAGAAACAGAUCCAGCUCAACGGAGGAAGCUUAGAUUCCUUUCCCACCGAAGAGGUGAUCAAUACUAGCAAUUUGGAGAAGUCGGAGCUCAGGAAAUCUGUUGAGAGCCAACCCGUGCAUGACUGGCAAGGGACUCAGAGGGAAUCUUUGGGACCCAUCGCAUGCAUCUCCAAAGUCAAGCUACAGACCCUGCCAUUCCAGGAGCUGAAUGAAAGGCUACUGGUCCUUUACCCGUCCACGCUGGUCAUACUUUCUGAGGAUGGAAAAAAUCUUUGCUUCAAGGGUGAACUGCCUCUAAAAGCCAUUCGGGUGGUCUCAGAUGAAGCUGAAAAGCAAAAGAAGUCCUUCUUAAUUGAAGGAAGGUACAUCAAUACAAUCCGGGUGACCUGCUUCACUCAGUUUGACUUUGAAGAAUGGAUUGAUAACCUGAAACGAGCUCAGCAGCAAAACAGAGACUCGACUCUCUCAGGUUCAAGCAGUUUCGGUGGAUCACACUCUGCACAACACGAUCAGUUAACUGCAAGCUGUAGGAGCUCUUUCAACUCAGAUAGUCGAACCAAAUCCUGGGCAUCUGCAGGGAAGUUGCCCAACUCAAACCGUCAGUCCCACAGCACCACGCACGGCUCAGACUGGCAGUCGUUUGCUAUACUGAAUGAACCACCUCAGGAUGAUCCACUCUCACCAGGAUAUGCACAACCUGUCCAUUGUAUAGCCAAUUCUCAACGUUCUGGAACAGGAAGUGGAGAGCUACAAAGAGGGGGCAGCACCCGAGGGUCAAAAGGAAGGCCUAACCUAUGUUUGCCAGCACCAUCGGCUCUGCCACCAAGCUAUGACUUAGAAACCACUGCAUUUGAUUUGAUUCCCGAGACCCCCAGUGAAGAUCUCCUCUCCCCUGUAUACAAGGAACCAUAUUCAUAUCAAAGAUCCCAAAAUCAGUCAGGAAAUGAAGACAAAUUAAAUAGAUGGAGCCUCACCGACAGCCAGCCAUCUUCUCCUACUGAUUUAAACAGUCAAGUUUUGUCAACGUCUCCAUUGUACGCCGAACCCUACACUCCGACAGUUCCACCAACAAACAGUUUUAUUGAGGAGAUUUUAAAGAACCUGAACUCAUGUCGAAGUGAGGUCUCACAUUUAAAGACAAAUGGAUCAUUCUAUGGGAAUCAAAACACCCACCAAGCUCUGCUCAAGAAAAAUUCUCAACCCGUGAACGGAAGUCAGAAGCUUGUGAAAACAGUGGUACAUAGAAACAGUGAUGCCUCUGUACAUGGCAGACUUGCCCCAUCGUCGCAGCCCUCAUAUUUCAAAAGUAUAUCUGCUCUGAAGGAAGAACUUGCCAUGUCUCAUCGCAACACCGAAGUUGAAGACAUGUUUGAUUUGCCCUCAUCUGGAAGCCUGUAUCCCGAAUCUCUGGAUCACGAUUACGCAGAGCUGCAGAGUUUUCAGAGUGACCGCAGUUAUGACAAUAUUUGGGACUAUGAAGCCAAGGAGAAAGACCUAAAUCAGUUCCCCCCUCCUCCUUACUUGGGUAACAAUCACACUGGAUGGCAGCAGAAAAAGACUGUUCCCAGCAGCUGGUUAUAAGUGGGACCUUUGGUAGAACUAAACAACUUAUCUGGUGCGAAGAAAUGUGAAGCUAAACUGGUUGAUCUCACGGGUGGACGUUCGAGCUGAAAGUACUGUUGCAGAGUACGACCAAGGCAUAAUUUUUUCCCUGCCAGAUGGGCUGAUUCGAUGAGUACUGCACUGUUCGCUCGGGGUAUAUUUGAAGCAGUCGUUUUACGACAAAUCAUUGAGAUCUUGCAAUAGUAACUCGUAGUAUAAUUUUCUGCUUAGUGAACAACGGCUACUUCACUCACUCCAGUGAUUACUUUUUUUUUGUUUGUUUGUAUAUUGCUAAAUACGAAAGUAUUAAAUUGAUAAAAUACAUCAAUUUCUCUUAUUUAGCCACGUUGGUGCCAAAGGGUUGCACAGUUCAUUGAAAUGGUUACUCCCAUACUGCCAAGCUGACCACGAAUAUUCAAACUACCUUCUUCACUUUGGUGUUGUAAGUGUGGGUUUGUCCUUAUCACCGGAACACAGCAGUUUGGAUUUUAUUUUAUGUUUUUGUGCAACAUGUGCUUUUUCAUACUCUGCCCUGUAUCAUGGCCUGACUCACAGGCGUCGCUCCUAUUUUCCUUGAGUGCUGGUGCUUCUAGGAUGCAACACUCCCUUGUUUUCUAGAAAAACCACUAUUCCCCAAAGACAAACACUUCUUUGCCAACAAAAAAACAGCCCUACCUAAUAGCCAAUGACUGCUGUGGAUAUUUGGAGUUGGACUGCAAAUUCAUUUUUUUUUUUUUUUUUCUAUUUGAUAGAUUGUGGAUACUAAAUUGGUUCAACUCACAGAUCAUUAAUAGGACACAGAUGCUUGUUUUUAUUUUGUUUUUAAGUAUAUUCCAACACUUUUAGGGUCACCUACUUCCUGUCUCUCUGAAACUUCUCAUGUUUACUCCUCCAAUGUUUUGGGGUAUGGCUUUCUUCUUCGAUGAUGUUUGUAAUAGUUUUAGGGUUCUUUUGCAUCUGAAAAACGGUUAUUGUAAAAUAUAUUUAAUUAUUUGAUUUAUUAUUUAGGCGUAAAGACCUAAUUUUUUUUUUUUUU